GGUGCAAGGGAAAAAAAAUUAAAAGAAACAAAAAAAGAACAAAAGACAGAAUGUUGAAAACUAAUCACCUCCACCGAUUCCAAUUUUUUCAAACUACAGAAAUCACUCUUGUCUCCACAGUCCCUUCCCUUCUUCCAUUCUAACUUUGCUCUGCUUUUCUCACUUCACCAUCCUUUUCAGUUACUUCACCAAAACCCUAUCCAAACAAUGACAACUUCUUCACAAACCCAUCAACUCAUUAUCCACAUUUUCCUUUUCUUCCUCCUCCAAACUCUCUUCACCGCCGUCCAUGGAAAUCACAACCACGCCGUCCCAAUCAACGGCACGUGCCACGAAACCUGCGGAAACAUAGCGAUGAAAUACCCAUUCGGCACAGGUUUCGGCUGUGGACACCCGGAUUUCUCCAGAUACAUCAAAUGCGAUUCUGGAUCGCUCCAAUUCUCCACUGGUACCGGAAUAUACACCAUUUCCGGCAUCGAUUACCCAAGCAACACCCUCAUCGUCACCGACCCAUUGAUGUCCACCUGCUCUUCGAUGCAAAACUCCGGCAGCUUCAGCCUCGACCGUACGAGCCCGUUCACCAUAGCUGACGAGAACAUCUUCGUCUUGCUGGGGUGCUCCACCACCUCGCCGGUGUUCGACGCGGACGAAGAUCUGUGCGAUACAGGGUCGGGUUUGCGGGUCUGCAGGGGAUUGUACACUUGUAAAGGAGUUUCCGGAAUUGGGUUGCAGCCCUAUGCUCCGAUUUCGACUUGCUGCGUUUACGAUUCGCAACUGGGGCUGGUUUCGAGGGAUUUCGCCAUUGAUCUUCCGAAGCUUCAGUGCUCGUCGUACACUUCGAUUUACGAGUUUGGGGACGAAGGGGAUCCGACGAAAUGGAGAUUUGGGAUUCAGUUGCAGUAUAACGAUUCGUAUUAUACGAAUGAAUGCAAGAAUUGCGAAGAGAGUCGUGGGAUUUGUGGGUUUGCUGGUUUGGACCAGUCGUUUUCUUGUGUUUGUCCCAACGGCAUGAAUACCACUGUCAAUUGCUUUGGACGAGGGUACGCCUUGAGUGGAACAUUGGGACAAGAAAUUCAAAUUAAAAUGAAUAUUGCAGGAUUCUUGAUCUUAUGGGGAUUAAUAUUCAUUGGAAGCAGAGAAAAGGCUUUUUGAGAAGGUAACAAAACGUAAACGAGGAUCAGCUUCAACGGCUGCAAGCAAACUAAACAACCCUUUCAUGGUCUCAAAGAAAGUAGCAGCUAGCUAGCAUGGUUUUGUCAUCAUUUUAUUUGAAUACUGAUUUUUAAGAUAAUAUUUACCUCGGAUAUUAAUCUCAAAAGGAUAUGUUUCAUGUCUUGGAUUGCAGUUGUAUUGAAGAAUGUUAAAUUCAUAAUGAAAUUAAUUUAAUUUUA